AAAUAAUGCAUGUUGUUGCAAAAGUAAAGAGCCACUCCUCUCUCAGUGGGCGUAUUCUGUAAACAAGCAGAAAAUGGCCACUUCUGAUAAAAGCAAGAGAACUGUUCCAGGAUAUUUCAGUUAUUAUUCAAUUGAAAAUGCCCGUUACUCUAUAGAAGCAGAAUCGAAGGUGAUGUCGUCCUUCCCGGACCACACCAAUGAAGACAAGUGUUUUAUAUUGACCCCAAGAUCCACUCAAGAUGAUCCUAUAAUAAUGGCUGUAUUUGAUGGUCAUGAUGGCAGUAAAGGUUCCACGUUAGCAGAAGGUAUGCUGUACAGCAGAUUCAUUAAUCCAGAUGUACUGGAUGAACUCAAAGCUAAUCCCAUGGAAACACUAAACCAACUGAUACUUGAAACUGAAAAAAAGUUCUUUCGAGAAAUUAGAAAUUUUGUAGAAGAAAAAGAUGAUAUUUUAGGCACAUUACCAAAGGGUGUAACGUCGUAUGAAGCUUAUAUACUGUAUCCAGAGAAGAUUAACAGAUUGCAAGAGAUAGAACCAGAGCUGGCUGGAGGGACUACUGCUGUUAUUGCAGUUGUGUUUAAUAAUAAUCUUUAUGUAGCCAAUGUUGGGGACUCAAGAGCUAUUGCUGUUUAUAAGGAUCAACAUAAACAACUAUCAGUUGAUCAUGGUGUUGAUAAUGAAGAUGAACUAAAGAGACUAAAGGAUCUUGGAUUGGAUAUCGAACAAAUAAAGAGAAAUGGCAGACUAGGAAGUCAUGAAAAUACAAGAAGUAUUGGGGACUAUAAUAUUAAAAUAGGAUACAAAGAUGUGGAUGUUUUAAGUUCAGCUACUGGUCCUCCUGGUAUUGCUAUUCCAUCAAUAAAUGGUCCUUAUCCUAUUAAUGAUAUUGAAUACAUUUUAUUAAUGUCUGAUGGUGUGUACAAGACAUUAGAGUAUUUAACAGAUCCUCCUACCAGUGAUGUAUAUCCUAGACUACUCCAGUUAAUACAAGAAGCUGAAAAGAGUGUCGAUCUUCAAGAUAUUGCAAAUAAAGUAUUACAAGAUAUUAAAAUAUCACACGAAGUAGUUUACUAUGACAGUGCAAUGACUGAUCCUAGAUCAACAGUAGCUGUUAACUGCAGGAAACGUGAUGAUAUGACUUUGAUUGUACUUAAAUUUUAAAGAGAUGAUCACUAAUCCCCAUGUGUGUGUGUGCUGAUAUAUGCAUGUUUUAAUUAUGUAAUCAUGCAUAUGACUGUUUUGACAAAAUGUUAUAAAAGAAUUUCAUUAGUA